GAAUCACGUCACUGAAAAUGUUGCCAACUCGAGAUGCUUUGAAAGUUUACGUAACUUUGACCAUUCAUAAUUGGAACUUUAUUUUAUAUUAUUAAGAACAAUAGUCGUUGAGAAAAUAGAGCGUUGUUUUCAACCAAACGGUUAACAUAGUACGUGCAGUGGCUCUCUUUAUGAACCUUAAUUUAUGUGGGCGAACAGGCUUGUGAUUAUCCGAGCAUGGUCGGAAGUCUUGAAGGCAACUAAAGUUCAACCGUGUAAGUUGUGUCGUCGCAAAACAAAUGGAAGCAAAAUAUAACAGUGCCGACGCGACUUUUACUCCCGAUCCAGGGGGGGCAGAAGCAACACAAGAUGCCUCCUGUGAACAAAGCUCGGAGGGAAUUAUCGCUAGACAGAUGAGUGAACAGGGCCGAUUUGCCUAUGCUGCACUGUGUGGUGUCUCACUGGGACAGUUGUUUAACGGGGAUGAAAACAGUGUGUUCAGGGAACAGUACCUACAGGGCCUGGUCCACUGGCUUGCCCUGGAUGAGUCUGUGAUGCCUGUCAUGGGGGCCUUCCUGUCAGGCCUGGGCUUUGAGGGCUCUGACACCUUCCUAUCCAUCCUGCAAGCUGAAUCACUAAUGUCUACAGGCGGCAUCCCCAUUAUACAGGACUUGGUGUCUUUCUCUGUCAAAGAUGGCCACUACGAUGCCAGAGCGAGGGUGCUCAUCCGGCACGUCGGCUGCCUGUUUCGAGUGUCCCCGCAAGAGCUGGAGGACUUUGAGGAGACGCUUGGAGAAAGGCUGACAGAAGGAGGAGAGGAGAGCGAGGAAGAGUCAUCCCGGCGACGGAGGAAAGAAAGAGGUCGAAAAUUAAGACGCUACUUCCUCAUUGGACUCGCAACAGUCGGUGGUGGAACAUUGAUUGGUGUGACUGGUGGGCUGGCAGCCCCCUUAGUGGCAGCAGGGGCCGGCGCCGUACUCGGAGCUGGAGGGGCUGCCGCUCUGGGCUCAGCAACUGGCAUAGCAAUCAUGGCCUCUCUUUUUGGAGCAGCCGGGGCGGGACUUACCGGGUACAAGAUGAAUAAGUGUGUUGGUGCAAUCGAGGAAUUUGAAUUUCUGCCGCUCAGCUCUGGAAAGCGUCUUCACCUUACCAUAACAGUGACGGGGUGGCUCUGCACUGGUAAAUACAGCUCAUUCCAGGCCCCUUGGUGCAGCCUGGGAGAGUGCGGAGAGCAGUACUGCUUGGUGUGGGAGUCGCGUUUCCUUAGGGACCUGGGCUCAGCCAUGACCUCUCUUUUGGAUGGGCUUGUUAGCAUGAUGGCCCAGGAGGCCUUGAAGUACACAGUUCUCUCAGGUAUCGUAACGGCUCUGACAUGGCCCGCUUCUUUGCUGGCGGCUGCCAGUGUCAUUGACAAUCCCUGGUGUGUUUGUCUGAACCGCUCGGCCGAGGUGGGGAAACACCUUGCUCAGGUUUUGAGAAGCAGGCAACAGGGGAAGCGGCCAGUGAGUCUGAUAGGAUUCAGCCUUGGGGCCAGAGUUAUCUACUUCUGUCUUCAGGAGCUCGCGAACGAUCAAGAGCAACAAAAGACUGAGAAAGUUGAAGAAUGCUCAUCAAACACCUGUUUGGAACAUUUUACAGGUAGUGAAGGUGUUGUUGAGGAUGUGGUCCUGCUAGGUGCUCCUGUAGAUGGCUCGGAAAAGGCAUGGGAGAGAAUGACCAGGGUGGUGGCUGGAAAAAUAGUCAAUGGAUACUGCAGAGGGGAUUGGCUCCUGGGGUUCUUGUACCGAAGCUCAGCUGCUCAGCUCUGUGUUGCUGGGCUACAGCCAAUCAGCACCCAGGAUCGCCGUGUUAUCAAUGUAGACCUCUCCUCUGUGGUGAAAGGUCACUUAGACUACAUGCGUCAAAUGGAAACCAUUUUGGUCGCGGUGGGAAUUCCUACCAAAGAAGUCCCGGGAUCUUCCUUCGUGCUUCCUCAGCCUGUAACUAUUUCUAAGGACCUAGUAGAUGCCCCGGACAAAAUCCAAAUCAUGCAGCAGUUGCGGGAAACCCAAAGUCCAGUCCAGCAGGCUGAGACUCUUAUGGAAGAUAUUGGUGAGGACUCAACAAGGACAACGGAGAUCGCCGAUGGCUGGGAUGUCCCUGAUAUCUCAGACCUGUUGGAUGCUAUCACUAGUGACGAUAAUGUGUCAAAAAGUCCACCCAGCGACAGGAACAAUGUGCCUCCCUGUCAGGAGAGUGCCACUAACCACAGACCUGUUUUUAAUGAGAAUGAAGAGCAGGACGAUGACCGCGUCUCAUGGAGCUGGGAUGAUCCAUAUUGGACUGAGGAGCACAGUCAUACACAAAGCGGACCGAAAAUCUAAGAAGGCUGCUCUAGGACCAGCUGCUUCAUUCAAGAUUUUUACCCACUAUUUGUUUUAGUAUUGAAGAGUCUUUUGAGGAAUGGAGGAAUUUUAACAAACUUGUCAUGUGAAUUGGAUUCUGUACAAAAAUUGAAGGCACUGGGGGGCGGUUUAGGGCAGGGACGGGCUGUGCGUGGGCCGAAUGCAGGCCCCGACCACACUCUGAGUGGCCCCUUGAUUACAAAAAAAGAAGAAAAAUUGGCGCAGGAGGUUGAAAAAAAAUGUAUUUGCAACAACAACAAAAUAUUUACAACCCCCCCCCCCCACCCCGAU